AUGGCAGUUGCUAAUUUAGAGGUUAAAAAAAAUCAACCUACAACAAGAAUUAAAUUUGCUAAAGUUCUUGCGGGCAAUGAUAAAAAACUACGUGACAGAGUAUUAAAAAAUUUAAGAAAAUGGUUAGGUUAUCGAUCACAGAGUUCAUUUCGUUUCAAAGAAGAAGAUUUUAUGAGGAUCUGGAAAGGUUUAUUUUAUUGCAUGUGGAUGUCAGAUAAACCUCUUAUACAAGAAGAACUCGCAGAUAAUAUUAGUACACUAAUUCACAGUUUCACAAAUAUUAAUGAUGCUAUUUUGUUUUUCGAUUGCUAUUUAAAAACCAUGGUUCGUGAAUGGUUUGGAAUUGACAUGCAUCGCUUGAAUAAAUUUAUGAUGUUUGUGAGAAGAAUGCUUCGACAAUUUUUAGUUGCUGUAGAUCACCAUAAAUGGAAAGCAGAGAUACUAGAAGAGUUUGAAUCUGUUUUGACAAAAACAUUAUUUCAACAAAAUAAUGCUAUGGGUUUAGUGUUACAUUUUAUUGAAAUUUUCAUGGAAGAGCUUGCAAAGGUAUUAAUUUUAGUAUAA